GAAAGAGGUAGCCGGGAAAUCUGAGUUUACAUUUAUUUUUAUUUUAUAUUGUUUCAUGAACUGUUUCUUGUUGUCACAUAACCAAUGACUUCGCAAAUUAAAUUUGAUACAUGGUAAAGGAAUGACAGAUAAGCUGAUACCGUGAGUGGAAAGAUGACACGGUAACAGCAAAAGCCUGAAUCUACAAAAAACACACAGAAUGGCUAGUCCCCUUAACAAGGACCAUUUCUUAGCCAGACACAGGGAUCUAGUGUUCAACUCAAAACUUGAAGAUGGCACGGCUAGUGAACGAGCAGACAUCAUCAGGAAUGUGCUUGCCAAUCUGAAAUUUGCUGCUUCAUCUGGAAUGAUAGAACAGGAUGCAGUCAGUUUGAUGACAAUGGAAUAUGAAGACAAGUACACAGACAUUGUUGACUCAUUUGAUGAGCAUACUGGUCUUAACAACUAUGCUGCUGGGGCAUUGGAGCUUUGCAGUGGAUACAAGAAUGAUAGCCAGAACUGGCAGAGUUCUCUUAGCCUGGAGAAGGUUCGAUCCAUGCCUCGGGUCCAGGCCGCCAUCUCAAGAGCUCAGAAAGAAAAUUGCUGCCUUCUCAAAAACAAGAAGCCAAGUGAUCCUCUACCAUGCAGCAAAGGCAGAUCCAACAAGGAAAAUGUCUGCCAGCCUCCUGCAGGUGUUGUCUGUCCUGGCCCGUCUAUAUCAGGAGCCCCCAUUGUAGGCAGCACAGCUGGGUCAGAGGGAGUGAUGAAUCUGUACAGUGGGGUCCAGCCCCUCAGACAUGCCUCUGAGUUGAAAAAUCAGCCCUUCGGACCUGCCUCCAGAAGUAAGGGGUCUGGAGAUCAGCCCCUCAGACCUGCCUCCAGAAGUAGGGAGUUUGGAGAUCAGCCCCAAAGAGCUUCAGUCCCCUUAUGUGAUAGGGAGAAAGUGUUUCAAGGUCAACAUGACAUGCCUCAGCCUGGGUAUAGCCAGGGCAGGGAGCAGGCAGGGAACAGGAAACCACUGUUUUCAAAUGGAGGUAGAAGCCACAAUUUGUUUGGUCAAGUCUCAGGCAAUAGAACUACAGAGAGCUACAGUCACAAGCGACAGUAUGAGCAAGCUGAUGGUGAGGAGGAAGUUGAGACCAGGCCGGUACCCAGCGCAUUUCGCACAGCCAAGCAACAGCUGGACAUUGACAAGGCACGGAAGUAUGGAGGAGGAGGUGGCCAGGCUCAGGUCAACACAGCUGCCUAUGGGACUGCAAAGAAAUCCCUCGGCACUAGGAGAGGGCUGAACAGCAAGUUUGUACCUCCAGUGAUGAACAGGGAGGAAGAGGCUUCAGGGAAUGAGGCAGCAAACACAAUCACACGGGCGGUGUUGAAGACAGGUGGUGGUACAGGGAGUGGGUCUGGGGCAGUGAACAUGGAGGGAAUGGACGAGGAUAAACUGCGCGGCAUCGAACCAAAGAUGGUUGAACUCAUCAUGAACGAGAUAAUGGACAGUGGUCCAGGAAUGACAUGGGAUGAUGUGGCUGGGCUGGAGUUUGCCAAGAAAACUAUCAAAGAGAUUGUUGUCUGGCCUAUGCUUAGACCGGACAUAUUCACAGGAUUGAGGGGGCCACCCAAAGGCUUGCUGUUGUUUGGACCUCCUGGCACAGGAAAAACACUCAUAGGAAAAUGCAUAGCAUCACAGUCAAAGUCCACAUUUUUCUGCAUUAGCGCUUCAUCUCUUACAUCAAAAUGGGUUGGGGAGGGUGAGAAGAUGGUGCGGGCGCUAUUUGCCGUGGCACGUGCCAGCCAGCCUGCUGUCAUCUUUAUUGACGAGAUUGACUCUCUCCUGACCCAGAGAACCGAUGGGGAAAAUGAGGCAUCACGCAGGAUCAAGACAGAGUUCCUUGUGCAAUUGGAUGGUGCUUCAACAAGUUCAGAUGAUCGGAUCUUGGUAAUUGGAGCUACAAACAGACCCCAGGAGAUAGAUGAGGCUGCCCGUCGGCGGUUUGUGAAGCGUCUGUACAUCCCGCUGCCCGAGGCAGAAGCUCGCCAGACGAUCAUCACCAACCUCUUACGCCAGCAGGCACACACGCUCACUAACUCACAGCUACCAACCAUCUGUCAAAGGACAGAAGGUUUCUCGGGUGCAGACAUGGCCACACUUUGCCGGGAGGCUGCCCUCGGCCCUAUACGGGACAUGUCCUUUGGUGACAUAGAGAACAUCUCUGCUGAUCAGGUUCGACCAAUCACAUUUGUUGACUUUGAGGAAGCCCUACAGAAUGUCCGUCCGUCGGUGUCUGACAGGGACUUGGAUGUGUACCUUGAGUGGAACAAAACAUUUGGCAGUGGCUCCAGGUGACCAUGGCAACCUGGUGGGCAGCUAGACAGUUGUUGAUGUUAAUUGUUUUUUGUUAAUUGUCAAAUAAAGUUUUUCACCAA